UCCAAAUACAGGAACUGUUUGUUUGGUAAUGAAAAUUAGAAAAGAAAGUAAAUUGUGUAGCUAGCUAGCUACUGCACUGCACUGUAGAAUAUAUAUAUCUCUCCUGUACCGUAUACAAGAUGUUACAUAGAGGCUACGUGUUCAAGUCUCUCUGGCUGGCUCUACUAUGUUAUCUAUCAGUCGCCCUGUGUCAAGAUAUCUCAGAAACAGACAAUAAUGUCACAACCACAAGUGCUCCACUUUUCUGUUUUAAUGGAGAGUUGGUGGAAGGAGCCUGCGUGUGUCAGCUGGGAUGGACAGGCACACUAUGUGAUGUCUGUAAUAAUGCCAGAAUAAAGCUCACUGAAGACAGUGGCCUCAUAUUCGAUGGCAGUGAGAACUACAUUUCAUUUACUGAGUGCCUCUUCUAUGUUGAGGCAGAUAGCUCUGUGACGUCUAUCCACUUGCGAGUGCGCUUGUUCCACACAGAGUGUCAGUGGGACGCACUCAGUGUCUUCAAUGGUGACUCCAUCUUCCAUCCCAAGAUAGCUGCCUACACUGGUGACAUCAUCAUAGAAGAGCCUACUUCGGUGGCAAAUGCUUCUGCUAGCAUGGACCCAGUCCCAGUCCAAUACCAGGAUCCGAGGGAGAUCACACUUUCUGGUUCCGGUUCACAGAUGCUCCUCUACUUUUAUUCCGACGCUGGUGCUGAGCGACCUGGGUUUGAGAUAACUUACUGGUUAGACUAUGGUUGUCCUGACAACUGCUCUGGUCAGGGGGUGUGCGGUAAUGGCAACUGCUCUUGUGACCCUGGUUGGACUGGCACAUUCUGUCAACUACCAGUCUGUCCCAACAACUGCUCUGGGAAUGGACUCUGUGAUGACUCCAUGAAGGCCUGCAACUGCUCACAAGGGUUCACUGGUGCUGACUGUUCCAUUGACACCUCGACCACUCACUGGGAGAGAGUGACGACUGCCCCCCUCCCGGACACCCUCACACUCUCCACGCUUGCACGAGGCUCACACUCGGCUGUCGUGUGGGGGGGCUACAUGCUCGUCUAUGGGGGGUACCGUUUUCCCACGCAGGACUACUAUUACAGAGCCCCAGCCAAUGAGACGAUGGCUAAUGACACUCAAGAGGUCUCGAUAUUGCAAUACCACUUUGCAAAUAAAUCAUGGGAAGAAGUGAAAACGUACCCUAGUAUUAGUAUGGAUGGGGAUGCCCCUAGUAAUAACAGCACUAACGGCUCGAUGAGUGAUGACCAACCAGGAGUACCGCAGCCACGAUAUGGGCACACUGCUGUGGUGUACAAUGACACCAUGUACGUGUAUGGUGGUGCCCUGCUACCAUCAGAGGAGAUAACCAAUGAGCUGUGGGCUCUAGACCUGACCAACCUGACGUGGACCCUCCUCCCACCCCCUCCUGUCCCCAGCCCCACCUACUUCACCACCGAGCCGGAUACAACAGUAACAAGCACUGUAGUCACUGCGAGUGUGUCUGAAAUGGAGCCCCUCCCACUUGCUGUGCGUAGCCACACCUCCCACCUGGUCGGCAACAAGAUGGUGACACUGUUCGGCCUCUCCCCUGGAAGGUCCACUUACCUCUCCUAUGUGCAAGAGUACAACUUAGACACGGGGGUGUGGUCUCUCCCUCGUGAACGUGGGAUUCGUGUGGGAGGUAGGUUGGGACACUCAAGCGUCUAUGACCCCCUAUCUGGACUCAUCUAUGUGCACGGAGGAGCUUUUCAGACCGCUAGAGUAGGACUCUAUACACAGGCCCUUGCUCUAGACACUGCCACGUACUCUUGGUCUGUCUUCACCAGCACAGCCCCCCAACGCUAUCUCCACUCAUCUGUGCUCAUCGGUCCCCUCCUUGUGACUUUUGGCGGCUGUGAGGCGGACGAUGUGAAUGCUGACUGCUUCACGAAUGCCACACAUAUCUUCAACACCCUCUGUGGCACAUGGGCAGAGCUAUCUCUUCCCGGGUUGCCUGGAAACAGUAGUCGCUAUGGACACAGCUCUGUCAUGGACACUAGCGACGGAUCUUUGCUUGUGUACGGUGGAUUUCUGGGAACUUUUCAUCACGAUUUGCUGAGACUGGUGGUUGGUGAUUGCAGUCAAUUUGUAACGGAGGGUUCUUGUGUGAAUGGGAGUGGUCUGUGUGCCUGGAGUGGAGCUGGAGAGUGUGUGAGUGUGGGGACUAUCUCAGCUGGAAGUAACUUGACCUACCAGUGUCAAGUUGACCCUUGUCUGAGUGUGCGUAGUUGCGGUGCCUGCAACAGAUUGGGCACCUGUGCUUGGAGCUCUACCAGCAACCACUGUGCAGCCAACCCCUCGCCAACCCCAGUCCCCUCCAGUGUAUGUGACAGUGAGGCAGCAGACAGCUGCAGCUACUACAUGAACUGUGCUGAUUGCACGAAUCACGACUGCUCUUGGGGAAGUGCUGGCGGAGAGACUGGCUGUGUCACUCCAAACACAGAUCUGUCAUUCACUGAGAUUGCGUGCCUAGCGACAACUUCUUGCUUUUCUCACACCACGUGCGGUGACUGCACCUCCCCUAACUGCCUCUGGUGUCCAUCCAUUGGCCAGUGUGUUCCUAGCUACCCCCUGACCUAUGUGUACGCUCAAUGCCUCGGUUGGGUUACUGCUCUAGGCUGCCCCCUCGAUUGUGAGGGGCUCAAAAACUGCAGCGAGUGUCAGGACAGCUCGCGAUGUGGGUGGUGUAACGACCCCUCGGACACUGGGAGGGGACAGUGUGUUGACGGGGGGUUCACUGGUCCACGAGCAAAUGGGUCAUGUGACGAAGUAGGCCUGUUUGGACUGCCGGAAACUUGGAACUUUGAUCAAUGCCCAGCUUGCCAGUGCAAUGGACACAGUGUGUGUAUGAAUGAGAGUAUCUGUGAUGAGUGUCAGAACAACACUAUCGGGGACAGCUGCAACACUUGUGAGCCUGGUUACUUUGGUGACGCCAGAAAUGGUGGAAACUGCUCUGAUUGUGACUGCAAUGGGUACAACCCUGUGUGUAACGACCGUGAUGGCACCUGCACCUGUCUCUCGUUCUUUGUGGACGGUCCCCACUGCGAGAUGUGCUCUCCUCAGCACCCCGGGGAUCCCAGCAACUUUUGUUACAAUACCCUGACUCCGGGCUUUAUCUACACGUUCAGUGUGACUGAGGACAGACAGGUGGAAGGGUUCUAUGUGGUUACACCAACUGACGAUGUCGACCUUCACUUCCGAAUUGAAGUCAGCUCAGAUCUGACCGAGCAGCCACUGACAUUACAACUGUUCCUGGGAAAGUUGUCGGAGGACUUAUGGAUACUGGCUAACCUCACUGACCCAAUACAACUCAACGAUGGACAAAUCUACGACAAAACCUUGGGCUCCUUUUCGAGCAACUCAAAUGAAACCUUUGCUCAACUGUUUAGCUUCACCAACCCUACGCUACGAAACAGUCUCAACUACACUGAGCUAUUGGAGGACAAUUCUGAGAACGAGUACACCAGUAGAAUGUGGGACUCAGAUGUGAGCCUUGUGGUCUUCCUGUCUGGACUGAGCAACCCCACCACCCUGAGAAUUACAGUGGACCAACAGGACCUCUACUAUCUGCUCUACUUCUUUGCUACCUUUGCCAUCUGCUUCUCAGUUCUCUUACUGCUCUUCCUUGGUGGCUGGUACAUCAAGAGAAAGGUUGAAUACAGAGCUUUUGUAAGGGCACAGUAUGCUGAGCUACAGAGAAGAGUGGCCCGUCCGUUUGCCCGCAUCAAGACAAUCAUCAGUCCCGUACCACCCCCCACAGCGGAUUCUCCUCCUCCUCAACACCCCUCAUAUGUUGCCGUACAAACAUGUCGUAGUGGGAAGGCAGCUGUCCUCUCUCUGUUCAUCCGUCUCCCUGGCGACCACAAGACAGGUCGACCGUGCCCUGGCAGGAGUGGUUUGGCCAUCGGAAGCACUCUGGUGGGCGUCAACUCAAUGUCAAAGAAACCAAAAGACAAGUCAAAGAAGAAGAGAGAAGGAACUGAGGAGGAGCAGAGUCGAGGACGCACAAAUAACACUUCUCAAAAUAGAAUUAGACUGAGAGACAUCAGCUCAUUGACUACCAGUACAUAGCGCAUGCAAUGUUUGAACAAGCACUCGUAUAUAACCCAAUAAUUAUUGUUUGUUUUUCAGUGAUUGUAUAUCUUUAUAAUUAUUAUUAAGACUCCAAAUUUGAUAGUUAGUGUAAAUUAAACUGCCUUCUUAUAUCCUGUGCAUUGCCGCUUUUUAACACACUAACUUGUGAAUUCAUUUCAAUUCUCUCCUUAUGAUUUGAUUAUUAAAGUG